AUGUUUCUACAUUUAUGUGAAACAAUCUACUAUUUUCAUGUGAAUCUAUCUAUCUAUCUUUACGGGAAUCUAUGUUCAUUUGGAACUAUCUAUAUCCAUGUGAAACAAUCUAUCUACCUAUCUUCAUGUGAAAGUAUGUCUCUAUAUUCAUGUGAAACAGUCUAUUUACUUUCUUCAUGUGAAACAAUCUAUCUAUCUAUCUAUCUAUCUAUCUAUCUAUCUAUCUAUCUAUCUAUCUAUCUUCACGGGAAUCUAUGUUCAUUUGGAACUAUCUAUGUCCAUGUGAAACAAUCUAUCUAUCUAUAUUCAUAUGAAACAAUCUAUUUACUUUCUUCAUGUGUAACAAUCUAUCUAUCUAUCUAUCUUCACAGGAAUCUAUGUUCAUUUGGAACUAUCUAUGUCCAUGUGAAACAAUCUAUCUAUCUAUAUUCAUAUGAAACAAUCUAUUUACUUUCUUCAUGUGUAACAAUCUAUCUAUCUAUCUAUCUAUCUAUCUAUCUAUCUUCACGGGAAUCUAUGUUCAUUUGGAACUAUCUAUAUCCAUUAUGUCUCUAUAUUCAUGUGAAACAGUCUAUUUACUUUCUUCAUGUGAAACAAUCUAUCUAUCUAUCUAUCUAUCUAUCUAUCUAUCUUCACGGGAAUCUAUGUUCAUUUGGAACUAUCUAUGUCCAUGUGAAACAAUCUAUCUAUCUAUAUUCAUAUGAAACAAUCUAUUUACUUUCUUCAUGUGUAACAAUCUAUCUAUCUAUCUAUCUUCACAGGAAUCUAUGUUCAUUUGGAACUAUCUAUGUCCAUGUGAAACAAUCUAUCUAUCUAUAUUCAUAUGAAACAAUCUAUUUACUUUCUUCAUGUGUAACAAUCUAUCUAUCUAUCUAUCUAUCUAUCUUCACGGGAAUCUAUGUUCAUUUGGAACUAUCUAAUUCCAUAUGA